CCAAUUCUUUUCCCUUUUCAAUUUUUUUUGCUUUUUAGUUUUUUCCCUCUCAACAUUUCUAAACCAAAAGCUUCCAUUCUUCUUCCAAAAUUCCCAUCUCUCUCUCUCUCUCUCUCUCUCUCUCUCACACCCCACCUUCCGUUUUUGAUAGUUUGACACCUUUUUGAGCUUCUUUGAUCCUCUUUAAGACUGCCCAAAAUCCACCACAACCCAGAAUCUUUGACACUUCUCUUUUUCUUCUUCUUUGCUAAAUUCGAGGCUGACAGUUUGAAUUACUUACCCAAAAAGAAAAACUUGACACUAUCAUUAUCAUCAAUGUACUUCCAUCAACUUUUUUCAACCCCUUGAUUUUUGUUUCCCCUUCUCCUCCCCCUCCAUCUCUCAUUCAAUCGCCCAAAUCUUCAAGAUCUUCCAAUUGGAUCUUCACCAUUUCCUUCUUUUGUGCACAUUUUAUUUUCUAUGUCUUGGCAAAACCAGCAGCAUACACACAUUUCUCCAGUCGACAGGCAAUGCAAAAUCAGGAAGCGAGGCGGGUCUUCGUCGUCUUCCUCUUCCCUGGUCCGUAGGUACAGAUUGAAGCGGGCAAUUCUGGUGGGUAAGCGCGGCGGGUCGAGCACGCCGGUCCCGACUUGGAAGACGACUAUAAGCGCCGCCAGAUCAUCGCCUUGCGCCGCCGUGAUGAUGCCGAAUGCUGCUUCUGAUGAUGGCGAGGAGCUGGCAAAGCAGCAGCAGCGGCUGGCCUCGAAGGACGGUGGCGGCAGUGGCGGUGGCGGUGGCGGUAAAGGGAAGGGUGUGCCAUUGUCAGUUUCAGCAAGAAAGCUCGCGGCUACUUUGUGGGAAAUCAAUGAAGUGCCUUUGAAAAAGAAGGAUGCUAAAGCCAUUAAAGAAAUGAGAAUCAGAGAGGGUGUUGCUCAAAUGCCAUCUUUAGAGGGUUCCUUGCCGCCGAAGUUAUCAGAUCCAUCUUAUACUCCUAUAUCUGAGAAGAAAAAUGGAUCUGGAGGAGCUGAAAACCAGAGAAGAUUGUCGGCCGUUUCUCAUAACCUUCAUCUGACUGAUUACCAAUUGGGAGGUUUUGAGACUCAUAGAAGUUCCAGUUUAACUGAGGUCAAAGAUCAAUCUUGUGGAAAACCUGAUCGAAAAUGCGUUAAUGGAUUUACCUGUUUGAAGGAGGUCAGUAAGGGCCUUUCUACAUCCAAGGAGCUCUUGAAAGUUCUUACUCGCAUUUGGGGUCUUGAAGAGCAGCAUUCCUUAAGUACAACCUUGCUCUCAGCCUUACGAGUUGAGCUUGAUCGAGCCCGUAUCCAGGUUCAUCAAAUGAUCCGAGAACAGAGGUCUAACUGCAACGAAAUUGAGUACAUCAUGAGGCAGUUUGCAGAAGAAAAGGCGGCCUGGAAAAGCAAGGAGCGAGAGAGGGUACGUGCUUCCAUAGCAUGCAUAGCAGAAGAACUUGAGGUGGAGAAGAAACUAAGAAGACAAACAGAACGGUUAAACAAGAAGCUUGGAAAAGAACUGGCUGAUAAAGAGGCAGCUCUGUCAAAGGCCACGAAAGAGCUUGAGAGGGAGAAGAGGGCAAAAGAGAUUUUUGAGCAAGUUUGUGAUGAGUUAGCCACAGGUCUUGGGGAGGACAGAGCACAGGUGGAAGAACUAAAGAGAGAGUCGGAAAAAGUUCGAGAGGAGGUGGAGAAGGAGAGGGAAAUGCUUCAGCUAGCUGAUGUUUUGCGCGAGGAGAGAGUCCAGAUGAAGCUCUCAGAAGCCAAAUAUCAUUUUGAGGAGAAAAAUGCAGCUGUGGAACAGCUGAGGAAUGAGCUAGAGGCUCACUUGAGAUCCAAAAUGGGUGAAGGUAGUGGUGACUCUCCAGAUUUGAAAAGGAUCAAAGAACUUGAGGCUUAUUUAAAGAAAAUAAAUUUCGGAUCAUUUCAGAGCGCAAAGAAAGAAGGGAAUGGAAUGGAAGUUGCUGCAUAUAGAGAAGAGUGUGAUGAUGAAGACGACUCAGGUGGUGAUAGUGACCUUCAUUCCAUUGAAUUAAACAUGGACAAUACCAACAGGAGCUACAAGUGGAGUUAUGCUUGUGGAGAUGAUACUGAAUAUGAUUCGAAAAGGACUUCAGUUGAUAAACAAUUUAAAGGAAGAAGAUCUCUCUCUGAAAAAAUUCAGUGGGAAAGCAUAUGCUUAAACAAAAAUUCCAAUGGAGUUGAUCGGGAGUUUGGCAUAAAAAGUCAAGGACAUUCAGAUGGGAAUCAUAUGGAAAAAUCCGAGCUUGUUCCUCAAACUCAAACGCAAGAAUAUGAAGCUGAAACCAAGAAAAAUGGAUCUGCCAAGGGUCUCACAGACCUUAGAUUAUCCAAUUCAAAGGUGGUACCUAUCCAAAGCUUUGCCGGUACAACUUGCCAGUACCAAUCCUUGCCGCAGAAGAAUCCCGGAAGCGAAGUGUGUGGAAGUUAGACGGGUGUUGCAAGAGAGUGAUUGAAAGGCCCCCUCCCGCGGCUAUCAGGAAGAAGAAGCCAAUGGCAGGAUCAAUAGAAUAUAGAUGUUUGCAUGUUAUCUUAUUUCUUCCAACAAAGCAAUGCUUUGCUUGUUUUUUAUUCUUCAAACCUUGCCAUAAAAUUGUUUGCAUCAAUCAUGUUCACUGGUCACUCCUACAGAUAGAACAAUUGUAUAUACAAUUUUAUACAAUGCUAUAUGAAUCCAAUAUAAUU